CAGACGAGGGAAUUGGGGCUGGGGUCCAGUGUCUGGCAAUGCCGCAGGGGGCGGGCUCUCACGCCGUACUGGGCGGAGCCCUGGGACUCGGGGCUGGACGCGGAACAGCGGCGGGAGGGACCACGGAGCUCGUGCGAGUGGAGGGCGGAGCCCAGCGGCCCGUGGAGGGCGGAGCGCAGCGGCCCGUAGAGGGGCUAGGACGGCCGGGGGGCGGGGUCUGGCGUUUAGAGGAGGAGCCGGAGCAGGUGGAAGGUGGAGCCUUGGGCUCGGAGACGGAGGGCGUGGGGUCCCAGGCGUUGGGGGCGGGGCUUCAGCCGGUGAGUGGCGUGGCACCUGUGCAGGAGAAGGGGCCUAGCAUUGCCGAGGGCGGAGCUGCAGGUCAGGGGGCGGAGCCACGCUCCCUGAAGGGCGGGGCCAAGGAGCCUUGCGAAGAGCUAAGCCCAAGUAAUGGCCCGGGGCGUCCACGUGGGGGCGGUCUGCGUGGUGGCCGCGCCUGGGGUCGCGGUAGACCGAGAACUCCCCCUGGAGAGAUUGUGUGGGUGGAGCGGGCUCGGCGCCCGGUUGACUCGGGGCCAGUCUGGGUGCCCCGGAGGCCCCCGAGAGCUCAGAGCUGGGGGGGUGCCUCUGGCGGAGGAGACACGGGGCCGGGAUGGGGUGUGCCUCCGGAAGACCGGGGCUCCCCAGAGCCGCCUAGCGGAGAUGUGUGGGUGCCUCGGGGCCGGCCACCUGCAGCAGCCGCAGAGGUGUGGGUGUGCUGGACAGGAGGCAGCUGGGUGUGGCGCGAGUGGGGUCGUCCCGGGCCUAAUCCGGUGCAACCAGAUAGGGUUUGGACUUUGCGUAAAGGGGCUGGUGGGAACUGAAGAAUGGA